AUGCAUCUCUCCAAGAUAUCCACAGUCCUCACACCGUUACUCAAUGCGGUUGCGGUGCUCUCCAGCCAAGCUCCCGCCGAUGACCUCUCCGUCCUGAGCCAGGAGGUGGCAAGGACCAACAACCAGUCUUUGCUAUGGGGCCCCUACAAGCCCAACCUCUACUUCGGGGUUCGCCCUCGUAUCCCGAACAGUCUGUUCGCAGGAUUAAUGUGGGCGAAGGUGGACGAUUAUGCCACGGCGCAACAAAACUUUAGACAUACCUGCGAACAGAAUGAAGGAAUGGCCGGAUAUGGCUGGGACGAGUACGACAUUCGGAAGGGUGGCCGCCAGACGAUCCAUGACGCCGGAAACUCCAUCGAUCUGACAAUUGACUUCGUGAAGGUCCCCGGUGGACAGCAUGGAGGCAGCUGGGCUGCCCGUGUGAAGGGUGUCCCUCGCGAAGAUGCUCUCCCUGAUCAAUCCACCACUCUCGUCUUCUAUACUGGGUUGGAGGGGCUUGGUAACUUGGGUGUUACCACCGAGACUGAAGAUGUCCGCGGCUUCGAGGGCGAUGUUAAGUUUACUGGUUAUACGUCGGAGCUUGGUGACUUCUCCAUCGACGUUACUACCGGCCCUGAGAGCAACGAGCACCCUGAGCACGGCCACCCUACCUAUGACGAGAAGCCCCUGGACCGCACUCUGGUGUCGAGUCUGAACAUCCACCCGGAGCAGAUUUGGCAGACGAAAGUUAUCCUUUUCACGCAGAUGAAGAAGGAGGUCGACGAAGUCGUCAAGGUGUACGGGGCGGAGAACCCCCCGCCGCCAUCCCAGCUUUUUGCCAUCAAGAACGAGCCCGGUGAUGGAAAUAUGCAUCUCGUGCAGAAGGUCUUCCGUGGCGCUUUCGAGUUCGAUAUCCUCUUCUCGUCUGGAUCUUCGUCGCAACCCGUGACCUCCGAAACUUUGACUGAGAAGAUCGCAAGUACUUCUCUUGAAUUCUCUGAGCGGUUCGACAAGGUCCACCCGCCACAAACUCCUUUCGACACUGAGGAAUACUCCGAGUUCUCCAAAUCCAUGCUCUCCAACCUUGUCGGUGGCAUUGGGUUCUUCCAUGGUACCGAUAUUGUGGACCGUUCCGCAGCACCGGAGUAUGAUGAAGAAAACGAGGGAUUCUGGGAAGAAACAGCUGAAGCUAGGGGUCGGGCGCAGCCUAUUCUCGAAGGGCCAAAGGAGCUCUUCACCAGUGUUCCAUCCCGUCCGUUCUUCCCUAGAGGGUUCCUCUGGGAUGAGGGUUUCCAUUUGAUCCCUGUCAUUGACUGGGAUACCGAUCUUGCGCUCGAGAUUGUGAAGAGCUGGCUCAGCCUCAUGGACGAAGAUGGCUGGAUUGCUCGCGAACAGAUCCUUGGCUCCGAAGCCCGCAGCAAGGUUCCGCCUGAGUUCACAGUCCAGUACCCCCAUUAUGCGAACCCCCCGACACUUUUCAUUAUCCUUGAGGCUUUCAUUGAUAAGCUGGAUGCGAAGAAGAAUGCUUCAAUUCAGACAGUCGCUGAGACCGAAGCGGCGGACAUCUUCCGUUCUGCCUACAUUGAAUCGGCGGAGUUGGGUGAUGCCUAUAUCCGCUCAAUCUAUCCUCUGCUCAAGAAGCAUUACCUCUGGUACAGAAGUACCCAGAAGGGUGAUAUCAAGUCCUAUGAUCGCGAGGCGUUCUCCACCAGGGAAGCGUACCGCUGGCGAGGACGUUCGGUUCAGCACAUCUUGACCUCUGGAUUGGAUGAUUAUCCCCGUGCUCAGCCUCCUCACCCCGGUGAGCUGCACGUGGAUCUGAUCAGUUGGAUGGGAAUGAUGACUCGUGCCCUUCGUCGGAUCGCCUUGGCUAUUGGAGAGACAGAGGAUGCCGAGGAGUUUGGCAAAUACGAAACCGCCAUUGAGAGAAACAUCGAUGACCUGCACUGGGAUGACGAUGAGCGUACCUAUUGCGAUGCGACCAUUGACGAGUAUGAGGAGAGUGUCCACGUCUGCCACAAGGGUUAUAUCUCCAUCUUCCCCUUCCUGACGGGCAUGCUCGGUCCUGAUAGCCCUCGGUUGAAGGCCAUCUUGGAUUUGAUUGGAGACCCCGAGGAGUUGUGGAGUGACUAUGGUAUCCGCAGUUUGAGUAAGAAGGAUGAGUUCUAUGGCACUGCUGAGAACUACUGGAGGAGCCCCAUCUGGGUGAACAUCAACUAUUUGGUGCUCAAGAACCUUUACGACACUGCUAUCGUACCCGGUCCUCACAAGGAACAGGCCCGUGAUCUCUAUUCCAACCUGCGCAAGAACCUGGUUGAGAAUGUUUUCAGGGAAUGGAAGAAGACAGGAUUUGCCUGGGAGCAGUACAACCCCGAAACCGGAAACGGACAACGCACGCAGCAUUUCACCGGCUGGACCAGUAUGGUGGUGAAGAUGAUGUCCAUGCCCGAGCUGCCCGCCAGCGAGCAGAAGGGCCACGACGAAUUGUAA